AUGAACAAGAUGAUAGCUGAGGAACAAAACUCCAGCAUGAAGAACGAUACGAAAACUGUUGAAAUUGAAGAAAAACCAGAAACAUCCACACAGUCGGUUUCUCAACCAUCUGCAAAUGUAUCGCCUAGUGCACCAGCCGAUAAGGCUUGUACUUCUAAAGAAACUGAACCCAAAUUUGAUGGCUCCGGUGAAGCAACUGAUACUGUAAAUAGUUCAUCAAAUAAAUCGACUGUCACACCAUUAAAAGAAACGGAUCAUAUCUUUAAACGGCCUCUAGUUGAAGAAAAAGAAGUUAAACCAAAAAAACAAAAAGGAGAUCAUAACCAAUGUUAUAAAGGUAAAAAUGCGGCUUCUUGUCCUAAGCCUGACCAUAAUGAGAACAAGUCUGGUGGUUUGAAACCUUCUAUUGCUGGCGGUGCUGGAAGUGGGCCUAAAGUACCUUCAUUAAAAAUUGUAAUACCUACAGCAGUAGAUGCUGAUAUGGGUAUAAGAUCAUAUGGCAAGAAUCGAUCACAUAACUAUACAGCAUUACCGUAUGUAGUGCCAUCUGAAGAUUCACAAAUAGCAUUAAAAUCUUUGCAGAAAGUGACUUCUGAUACAAUAUGCGUAGAAGAGCAAAAGUCUCUUCAGACCAGAGUAUUACGGUCAUCUAACAGAUGCGGGAGUAACAGUAUUGGUACACCAAGUCGUAGUACUUCUCCAAUCAUUCCUGAUGAACAGUUGGGUCAAACUACAUCGCCAGGAGCUGUGACAGUGAAUGCAGUAUCAGGUAACUCCUCGUCACCGCCUGCUACUCGUUCGGAAAAGAGUGAAAAUAUUUUGGCAAUCAUUUCUGGAGAUAACAAACAGGCAGCUACUUCUGCUGCAGCUACUGUGACUACAGCGUCGUCUGGUAUGUCAGGGAAUGAACUACAUCCUAGACGACGCAAAUUAAAAGCUAGUCGUACUGAAUCUAAGACUAGUGAUUCAUCUGCUUCCAAUGGUACUGAAGUACCUAAUCUGUUUGGCACAACAUGUGAACCUGUUCCAGUUUCCAAUUGCUAUCAAAAGUUUUUAGACAUUAGAAAACAAAUUGAUGAGAAACAUAAGAAUUUGUAUCCUGUGAAACCGAAACCACCUUCUGGAUUUAAAGACUAUCUUAUGAACAAGCGCACUUAUCUUUUGUCUGGUAACUAUAAUAGCCGUAUAGUCAAUACACAAAACUCAACACCAGCAAAUUUACACAAGCAGUUGUUAAAUCUGUUUGUUGAACAAGAAAAGGAGAGACAAAAACUUCAUUUAAAGCACAUAGUAGAAAAAGAAAAAUUGGUGUUGUGUGUUGAACAAGAGACACUUAGAGUUCAUGGACGCUCAGCUCGUGCAUUAGCUAAUCAGGUUUUACCAUUUUCUGUAUGUACUAUACUCAAGGACAAUGAAGUAUAUAAUAUUAUGACACCUGAGGAAGAAGAAAAGAAAAAUAGACAUACACGAUCCCGUUACAAUGGUCGUCUUUUUUUGUCAUGGCUUCAAGAUGUAGAUGAAAAAUUUGAAAAGAUUAAGGAAUCAAUGUUACUGAGACAUCACAAUGAGGCAGAGAGCUUACACGCUGUACAGAAAAUGGACUGGGGAUGGAAGUUGAAGGAAUUACGGUUGUGUACUUAUAGCUCUGAACCCAACAUCGAUGAAACGCAUGUACCAAUAGUUCAAGUCAGUGACGAUUUUGAUCUCUUGCCCGCCUAA